CGGGCUGGUGGGCGGGGGGUGUGCGCGCGGAGGAGCGCGCGGCAGCCGCAGCGGGCCAGGAGCAGGCGGCGCCGAGCGGCCGCAGCCAGCCAGCCUUAGAAGAAACCUGUGAUCUGGAAUGAGAUAACUCCCACCAUGAGCCAACAAGGUUACGUCGCUACCCCUCCAUACUCCCAACCCCAGCCUGGAAUAGGGGCGCUCUCCCCACCUCUUCGUGGACAUUAUGGUGACCCGUCACACUCAGCCCCUCCAUCAGGCAUAAUGAAGCCAACUGGGCCUUUGGGACCAAAUGCACCUGUUGGGGUGUUACCUCCUGGACCCCCCAAUUCUGGGGCCCAUCAAUUUGGCCAGAAUGGUCCUAAUAUCUCAGGGUAUCCCCAACAAAGGUUUCCAGGACCUCCACCUGUCAACAAUGCUGUCCCUCCCUAUCCACCAUCUUCUCACCUGCCACCAGCAUCCUAUCCCAGUCCUGUGUCCACGUCUGCUACCACCCAGCUGGGUCAUCAACUCAGUGCCAUGCAAAUUCACAAUUAUGGUCCUGGCAUGGCUGCGGGCUCCCCGGGCACCCUGGCUCCACCUUCAGCGGCAUCCUUCCAAGGCCCGCCACCGAUGCCCCAGCCAUCCAUCCUACAGCCGGGCCCCCGGAUGCUCCCACCCCCACCAAGCACGCACAAUGGCCUUGGCACCGCCCCCUCACUGCCACCAGCAGGCAGGCAGGACGGACUCCCCGGAUCUGGCCCCCCCACGGCCAAUUUCCCAUCUCUGCCUCUUCCAGGACAACCCCCAGGCCCUGGCUAUCCUCCCCAGCAAGGGGCCAACUAUGGCCCUCCCCAGAUGCCCGGAGCUCAGCUGACUUCCCCGGCUGGAUUUCCUGGUGGUCCUGCACAGAUGGCGGGGCCAACACAGCCUCCAAAGAAGCUUGAUCCGGACUCCAUCCCAAGCCCAAUUCAAGUGAUUGAGAAUGACAGAUCUACCAGAAGCGGUCAAGUCUCUGCUUACCAACGUGAUGGCCAGGUUCCUCCUCUAGUAACCACAGACUGUAUGAUCCAAGAUCAAGGGAAUGCCAGUCCUCGUUAUAUCCGGUGUACAACAUACUGCUUCCCAGCCACUUCAGAUAUGGCCAAGCAAUCUCAGCUACCAUUAGCUGCCACCAUCAAGCCAUUUGCCACUGUUCCUCCAAAUGAGAUGCCUCUUUAUCUGGUAAAUCAUGGUGAGUCUGGACCGGUCAGAUGCAACAGGUGUAAGGCCUACAUGUGCGCGUUUAUGCAGUUUAUUGAAGGAGGAAGAAAGUACCAGUGUGGAUUUUGUAACUGUGUGAAUGACGUUCCACCCUUCUAUUUCCAACAUCUGGACCACGUUGGCAGAAGGCUGGACCACUACGAGAGGCCAGAGCUCUCUCUGGGAUCUUACGAAUACGUUGCUACUUUGGAUUAUUGCAGAAACAACAAGCGUCCCAACCCACCGGCCUACAUCUUCAUGAUCGACGUCUCCUACAGUAAUGUGAAGAAUGGCCUGGUCAGACUCAUCUGUGAAGAACUGAAGCUCAUCCUGGAAAGUCUGCCAAAGGAAGAGCAAGAAGAGACCUCUGCCAUCCGGGUGGGCUUUGUCACCUAUAACAAAGUCCUCCACUUCUUUAAUGUCAAGAGCAACUUGGCCCAGCCCCAGAUGAUGGUGGUGACAGAUGUGUCUGAGGUCUUUGUUCCUCUCCUGGAUGGCUUCCUGGUCAACUAUCAAGAAUCCAAGGCUGUCAUUCACAACUUGUUGGAUCAGAUUCCAGAGAUUUUUGCUGACUCAAACGAGAACGAGACAGUCUUUGCUCCUAUCAUCCAAGCUGGCAUGGAAGCCCUAAAGGCAGCAGACUGUCCAGGGAAACUGUACAUCUUUCACUCUUCGUUGCCAACUGCUGAGGCCCCAGGCAAACUGAAGAACCGAGAUGACCGAAAACUGAUCAACACGGACAAAGAAAAGACACUUUUCCAGCCGCAGACAAACAUUUAUGAAAGCCUGGCCAAGGACUGUGUGGCAAAUGGCUGCUGUGUGAACCUCUUCCUCUUCCCCAAUCAGUACGUGGAUGUAGCCUCGAUGGGCCUGGUGAUCCUGCAGACAGGAGGCACGCUGUAUAAAUACAACAAUUUCCAGAAGCACUUGGACAGCCAGGCGUUUUUAAACGACCUCAGGAAUGACGUCCAGAAAAUGACAGGAUUCGAUGCUAUCAUGAGGGUGCGCACCAGCACAGGUUUCAGAGCCACCGACUUCUUUGGUGCUAUUUACAUGAACAAUACCACAGAUGUAGAGAUGGCGGCUGUGGACUGUGACAAAGCCGUGACGGUGGAGUUCAAGCACGAUGACAAACUGAACGAAGACAGUGGCGCCCUCAUUCAGUGUGCUGUGCUUUACACAACCAUCCAUGGCCAGAGAAGGCUGAGAAUCCACAACAUUAGCCUGAACUGCAGCAGCCAGCUGGCAGACCUCUACAAGAGCUGUGAGACAGACGCCCUCAUCAACUUCUUUGCCAAAUCAGCUUUCACAGCGGUUCUCACACAGCCCUUGAAGACGGUCCGGGACAUUCUGGUGCAUCAGACCGCUCACAUGUUGGCGUGCUACCGCAAGAACUGCGCUAGUCCCUCUGCUGUCAGCCAGCUCAUCCUGCCUGAUGCCAUGAAGGUGUUCCCGGUGUACAUGAACAGUCUGCUAAAAAAUUGUGUGCUCCUGAGCAGACCAGAGAUCUCAAUGGACGAACGAGCCUAUCAGAGGCAGCUGGUCAUGUCGAUGGGCGUUGCAGACACGCAGCUCUUUUUCUACCCACAGCUUAUACCCAUACAUACAAUGGAUGUCAAGAGUGAUGCUCUGCCAGCUGCCAUCCGCUGCUCGGAAGAGCGUCUCUCGGAGGGAGGAGUCUUCUUACUGGCUAACGGGCUCAGGAUGUUCCUCUGGCUGGGAGUGAGCACACCCCCGGAGCUGAUUCAAGGGAUAUUUAACGUGCCCUCCUUUACACACAUCAACACCGAUGUUACAUCACUGCCCGAGGUGGGGAGUCCAUACUCUCAGAAACUCAGACUCAUCAUGAACAAUAUCCAACAGAAGAAGCCGUAUUCAAUGAAGCUUACAAUCGUGAAGCAACGAGAACAGCCAGAGGUGGUUUUUCGACAGUUCCUAGUGGAAGACAAAGGUCUUUAUGGAGGAGCAUCUUACGUGGAUUUCCUUUGCUGUGUCCACAAAGAGAUCUGCCAGCUGCUGAGCUAAAGGAAGCUGGCCUCUCGAUCCUUUGGCAUUUUCCCAUUUCUAAAGGGAUGAUACCUCCCUGGUCACUGUCCUGAAGGAUGUUUUACAUCGAGCUUUCCCCAAGGCUUCCUUUCUGUACAGUUUCUGGUUUCUGAAUCUACAUUGCUCAUCUUCUCUAUCUAGUGGCCCAAAGAGCCGUAUUCAGGUAUCCAGCUGAAGACGGACAGGAUGGUCAACCCUGAAAUACAGGGCAAGCACCUAUUUCUGAUGGCAAAUUUUAAAACUCUUAUCUAAGUCUAUGCAUUUCAUAUGAGGCAGAGUUUACAGGACUCAUUCUCAAUUAUUUUUCUUUUCUAUUCCUAUAAAUUAUAAAGAUGUAUAGAUGUGUGGAGGGAGGGGAGACCCUGGUGCCUUUCCCACUGAUGAUAUAGGAAGAACCACCUUCAUUUUUAUAUGGUACUUAAUUUUGUAAAAGUCUUAUUUUUCCAUUUCAAACUAAGUUUUUCAUUCAAUGGUGAACAUUUACACAGCCAAUGUAAACAAAACUUAGACUUUGGGAGAGAAUCUUGUGUGCAUCCAGCAACUUCUCAGAUUUACAUAUUGUGAGUUGAACCUUUCUCCCUCCAUUCCUUAUUUUGUCCAAAAAAACUCUCAACAUUCUUUAUGAUUCUUUGUAAAAUUUUGAAGGUUUCUACCUGUUAAUGAAGGCAUCUUAAUUGAUAGAGGUAAAUUACUUCAUAUGAAUCUUAUUCAUCAAACAUAGGCAACAUUAAGCAUUUUCUCAAAGGUAAAAUGCACCUUGUAACUUGGAAAACAAGGAAGAGAGCAGCAGCCUGUAAUACUGAAUAGAAAAUUGGCCUUGGACUUCAAGUCCAAGUCAAGUCAAGUCCAGUAUUUAUUCAGACAAAUAAAUACUGGCUGUAUGACUCUGGAUGAGUCACUUAACCUCUCAAUGCUCUUAAGCAAUUUUCAAGACUAUAAGUAGUUUAAAAAGGCGCACACCAGCAUGUAGAGCAACUUUCUCCUCAGAAUUCCCUUGACCAAUGAAAUCACAAAUUAAAAGGGGAAAAAAAAAGUCAAGGAAAGGUACUCAGUUAUUUGGAUGGACAGACUUAACAGAAGAACUUGCUAGUCAUUUCUUACAGAAUGCUAAGGGUUUACAGUUAAAACAAAACUCUUAAUUUUUUUUUCUUAAAUUCUGUCAACAAAUUUUUUUUUCCCCAAAAAUCCAUCACAAAGCCAAAACUGCUCAUUAUUAAACUAUAGGGUUACUCCGUCUCUUUUCUCAGAGGCCUGCCAUUUUUAGUCCAGGGUUAAAGGAUUUACUCUUUAAGGAUCCAAUCUGCCUUCCAUCCUGCUUGAAGCCAGCCUUCUCCAUUCACUGGCUUGGCGGAGGUGCAGGAAUGUAGCUCCACCCCAUUGACGUUCAUCAGAUACAUGCCUGCCACAGAUGUGUAUGGCGUUCCACUAACCCUGGGGGAGCCACCAUAAAUUGGGCCUAUUCCACAUUCCAUGAAGAACCAUUUGGACUUCAGUUGCACACCUUGUUUUGAAGGGAAUUGGGAUCUUCUAAAAACAUUUUAUCCAAUCUCCAGCGGGAGAAUCAAGUUGCCUUCAGUCCCUCUUUUGAUGCUAAGGUGUCCUCAUUGUACCUGGACCGCAGCCCUUGGAACACCUCAGGCAUUUGCACUGCCUUCCUGUUGCUGAUGUUGACAGGAACACAGCUGCCUCUCUAUCACCCUAUCACAAGGCAGCUCCAUCCCUGCGGUUGGUUACCCAUCCCAACUCAAGCCCACCGCAGAGAAUAAGCCUUAACAGGAGGUUCAUUCUACAUGUUUAACUAAGGAGAGAAAAACAUUUGUUGUGUUAAGUGCAAUUCGUUAUGUACUAAAACCUAAGGAAUUUUUACCAGCAGUUUAAAACAUAACCAAAAUGAAAUGAAUUUUAUUAAAACAUUUUCAUCCUA